AUGGACGUGAGCUCGCCCUAUCCACCACAGGCGGGGCUCGAGAACCCCCUCGCCGAACGCUACCAUCAACUGGCACGAGCUUCCUUGUGCGAAGUCCCGAUAAUGGAGGAGACAAACGUGGAUGUUGUUCUGGCGUUAUUCUGGGAGAUCUGGUAUUUGCUGGUAUUUUCCGACAGGAAGAAGGCGGCAGGCUAUGCUUGGGGCAUCAUGGGACUCACGGCAAAGUUGGCUCAAAGUAUCGGACUUCACAGGAAUGGGGGGAAAUCUAAGGUGAUUCCCGAAGAAGUGGAGAAACGCCGCGCCCUCUUCUGGGAGUUGAUGUACCUUGACGCUCGACUGUCACUCUCGCUAGGCCGACCUCCUUCACUGUCGAUCAGUCAUGUCGAUUGCAUGCGCCCGACCUAUGCUCCGGACGAGGGUGUCGACAUUCGAGAGAGUCUCCAUUUCUAUCAAGAAUGGAAACAUUCCUGUUACAUGACCUGCCUUGCUCCCGUCCUCGAGGCAAUUUCGCAACCAACUGCCAAUUUAGACUACUGCAAAGUCAUGGAACUCGACCGCAAGAUUCGCGAUUUCCCAAUCCCGGACGUGUUGCGCAACUGCACCAAUUCCCCUGUUCAAUCUCGGGCUUUCAUCAUGCAGAAAGGCAUUCUGUUACAACUUCACCGCACCUUUUUCACUCGAGCGCUGAGCGGGUUCGACGAAGCGUUCAAUCGGAAACAUAGAUACGCUCCGUCCGUCGUUGCUGUCUUUUUGAGUGCCUCGCGGAUGAUCGCGUCAGUACAAGACCUGUACAGACGAGAACCCCAUAUCACUUCCCGCUUCUUGGGAUUCUGGAGUAAUGCGUUUUCGUCAGCGGUGGCGUUGUGUAUGCUCAUUUGCCGAGCACCUUUCACCUGUCUGUCGCCUGCUGCGCUACAAGAGUUGGAGCGGGCGCGGUUACUGUUCCGAACGGCGAAGGAUACCUGUCCCCGCGCCCUGUCAGUCUUGCCUAUCUUGGAAUCAAUGAUCGACAAGGCCAAUGAUAUCUACAACCGAUGGUAUAACGGAGAAGAAAUUCCUACGAUGAUUCUACGACACACAAACGAUGAUGAUGGUUCGGGCCACGGUUCCGGAAACCAUGCGCGGGGUCAGCAAUCGGAUGCUCGAGACCCUUUCCUCAACACACAUCCCAGCCUUGCCCAGUGUAUCGUCGAGGUGCACGAGAGAGCCAAGGUCCUCUUCCCGUUACGAAAACCAUGUCAAUGCGGCGGGGCGGUCUCAAAACAGUGCCCACCGUCCCAUUCAUGGAUGCCUCCGCCGCAACUUUCUCCUCACCAACAGCAAUCGCCGGUUCUACCACCUGAAGCACCCUCCGUCAGGACCAACGUAAUCCAGCAUGCAAGUGGAACAAACUCUUCAUACCCAUCUCCGCCGCCUUAUCAUCGGGGAGGUUCCAUUCCGUACGACAAUAACACCAUGUCUGGGAACAGCACGUCCAGUUCAGGACUGUAUUCCAACAGAGUUCUCCCAAUUGAUGGUCCGGCGCUCCGUCCGAUCUCGACCCUGUCACAAGCCUCCAAGAUGGCCGUUGUUGACACGCUCAACUUUGAGCUCGGUGCUCUGAAUGCAAACACGGAGCAUAACUGGAUGGCUUUCUUCUAA